GGCAGAUAAAGCAAACCUUGUCUGGUUCUAUACAAUCGAUUAUGCACGUGUCAUUCAAUAAUACCAGCGAAAUGGUUGCCGGAGCAUCGAAUGAUAAUGCUGCAAGAUUAUGGCACUUGAAGACGGGUCGAAUAAGACUUACUUUAACUGGUCAUGUUGGAAAAGUGUACUCUGCAAGAUUUAAUGGUGAUUCCAGCAAAGUGAUUACUGGCAGUCACGAUCGCACUAUAAAAGUGUGGGAUUUGCAAAAAGGAUAUUGCAUCAGGACCAUAUUUUCAUUUUCUAGCUGCAAUGAUGUGGUUCCACUAGAUGAAGACGGGACAACACUUGUUAGCGGUCAUCUAGAUAACAAUUUACGAUUCUGGGAU